CGCACAUGAGCUCCCGCAGUACAUUUUCUGCUAUCGCUUCUUUUUCAUCUCACACUCCGAUCUAUUCUUCUUGGUACAAUAGGCAAACACAACGCAGCAUCUGGACAUCAAAAGCCAUCAAUCAAAAGAACAUUCUAAAUUCCCGGACAAUAUACGUUUUUUUCUAUACUCAUUCCCAUUGCGGCAAAUUUACUUUUGUGAAAAUGUGAUUUUGAGCUUUCGCUGCUUGUUCUGUGCUGCGUUUUUUUCCCUUGGUACGCUUAAUCAAAAUAUAAACUUGAAGCCUUUUUGUACAGGACACUAAUUAUGGAGUAAUUAAGUGAUUUGCAAAGGUACAUCGCGGGUUACCUUUUAUAAGCUACGUUCAUCAACCUCAAUGUGCGUCAUAAAGUUGGAAUAUAAACACAAAAUAUGUGCCAAUUACGAAGCGAGCGAUAUCAUAAAGAUUUCUUAUAUCCCAAAACUCUUGUGGUAAAUCAACAACGUUAAAAUGUAUUUUUCCACUGACAAUGUAUUUUUUAUAUAUGAACCCCAUAGAGAGAAAGAUAAAUAUUUUUUUACAAUGUAAAAGUGUGAAGUUUCCUGGAGUGCCGAAGAGGCUGGAAGUCGAAGUAUUUUUUUAUCCUCCGCAAAAUUGGAAGCGUGUAACGUAGACAGGAGAAACAUAUACAAAGUAAACAAGUUAACAGAAUUUGAGGGAUUCGCGGAACUGUGGGAAACUUUUAACAAAGGGGCAAAAAAUCACUUAAACUGUCGAAGAAAGUAUGACAACUGGGGCGGCCAUUGGUGACACCAUCGCAGCUCCAGCAACUGUGAUAGGUCGCAGUGGAAAUCCAAAUCCCGAAGGUGAAAUGGAUGCUUUACUUCUUGGCCGGACAAGGGAGUUGGUCGCCUCUUCGCCAGGACGCCGGAAUUGGCGUGGUAUCUUCAUUGCUUUGCUGGUUAUUGCCGCCGUACUGGGACUCAUCGUGUUCUCCAUUUUUCUACUCUCACCAGAGGAUGAAGGGAAUCGCAUCAAAGGGCAUCAGAUUAGCAUAUCGGAUAUCUUAAGUGGUCGUCUCAAAUGGAGGCCUUUCAAUGGAUCGUGGAUUAGUGACACAGAACUCGUGUAUCGAGACAUCUCCGGUGGACUGUCCAUUCUGGAUGUAGAUGGUCUGUCUGUACGGCAACUCAUGACGAAUUCCUCAUUCAGGCAGCUGGAUGCAAAGAAAUUUUUAGUAUCACCAGACCUGAAGUACGUCCUUUUGCUUUCGGAUGAGAAUUGGGAGGGUGUAAAGGUUCAUGUGUUCGAAGUGGACACCCUCAAUACAUACCCGCUGUCGCCGAGGGACGAAGCCCGGGAUGCCCCUCGGCUGCAGCACAUUCUUUGGGCGCCAAGUGGAGUACCACGCGUUACGCCCACAAAUACCACAGGCGCUGGCGAAAAUGCCUCCAAACGCCCAGAGGUCACGUCCCAAACACCCAGCCAAGCCAUCGCUUUCGUGUAUGACAACGAUUUGUACUACAAACCUAAAGUUCAGAGCGAUUUGGUGUGUCGAAUCACCACAACGGGCAAGAAAGGAAUCAUCUACAAUGGUGUUCCAAAUUGGAUGUACUCCAAUGUUUCAGAACUAAAAAGCGACACUGUUGCUUUCUCACCGGAUGGACUCUACCUCUCGUAUCUGUCCUUCAAUGAUACAGAAGUAAAGGAGUACCGCUACACGUACGUUGGUGAAGGCUUUCGUUACCCGGAAGUGCGUUCUAUCCGCUACCCGAAAGCUAAUACACCGAACCCAGUCGUGACGGUUUAUGUUGUGAAUCUAUCAGUGCUCAAAUUCAUCUUUCCACAACCUGUCCGCCUGCCAAGCAGUAUUGCGGCUAAUACAAGCUACGUUGGUGCAAUGAUGUGGGCAUCUGCAACGGAUCUCUCCAUCACAUUCACCAAUCGUCAGCAAACCUACGCCAUGACUGUCCUAUGUCGUGCACCUAACUUUGUGUGCCGAGAAAUCUUUACGGAGUUCAGUACGGAAAAUAUCACUGUACUCCUAACUGAUCGACCAAUCUUCUCGCGUAGUCAAAUGCAAUUCAAAUCAUCCGAAAGUCCAGGUUCAACUACUGCGCCACAGACAACGACUCAAGUGUCGGUGACAAACGCAACGGAAUCGACGAUUAAUUCAAAGUACGAAUUCGAAACGGGGGGAUACCUCCUGAAACGCCUGCCCGUGCGUGAUGGUGAACACGGGCACUUCCGACACGUAGUCUUUGUCUCAACGGCCGAUGCAAGGACCAUCCCACUGACAAUGGGACAAUUUGAGGUAACUGAGAUUCUGGGUUGGGAUGAACAACGUGAGUUGGUCUACUUCAUGGCAGCUCCAGAGCACUCACCCAGCCAGAGGCAUCUCUACCGUAUAGAUCUUAAGUUGAACUUUACACAACGUUCCAACCGAGUCUACGUGACGACAUCGCUUCCGCUUUGCUUAACGUGCAUCAACACACGCGCUACAUUCCAUCCCGAUGUCCUAAGCAUGGCUUCUACCAAUAAUACGACUGAUGAAGAUACCUUCUAUGUACCCAACAAUUGCCUAUACAACAAGAUCUACCUUAGCAAGGACUACUCGUAUUAUGUUCAGGAAUGCCUAGGACCGGAUUCCCCUUCAGUCUAUGUUGUAGACAUCCGGUCAAAUCUUAAAGUUGUCAUUCUGCAUGAUGGAGCUGAACUACGGGAGCGCCUUGAUGAGUUAGCUCUGCCACAAAUACGAACAUUGAGUGUUGAAAUGAAGGAUGGGUCCAUAGCUCAGGUGCGUCUCUUCAUUCCACCCGGAAUGCGAGAUGGCGAAGAGGUGGCCUUUCCGCUGAUCCUCCAAAUAGACGCAGCUCCUGGUAGUCAAUUGGUCUCAGACAAGUUCAGUGUGGAUUGGAAUUGGUACCUUGCUAGCAAGCUUCAGAUGAUUGUAGCUCAGAUUGAUGGAAGAGGCAGUGGCUUUCGUGGGGAGAGGUUGCGUUCUGACAUUAUUGGCUACCUUGGCGAUCGCGAAAUUGAUGAUCAACUAGCGGUACUCAUGUACAUCCGAGAUACAUUCCCCUUCAUCGAUAGACGCAAGAUUUGUUCCUACGGAUGGGGCUAUGGUGGAUAUGCAUCAGCAAGUGCUCUCCUAGAGGAUACACAGCGUGUCCUACAGUGCUCAGUUGCUGUUAAUCCCAUUGUUUCAUUUGCAUAUCAUAAUUCAUUCUUUACGGAAAGGUACCUUCCGCAGAACGAAAACUAUCUUAGAGCUCUGCAGGAGUCUGAUUUGAUGUCUCGUGUCCAACAUAUGGAAUCCAGGAAUUUCCUCCUUAUUCACGGCACCGCUGAUACUCUGGUCCACCAACAACAUUCGCUCAUUUUUGCCAGAGAACUCAUUGAGCAGGGAAUUUCCUACAGACAUCAAAUCUACACGGAUGAAGAUCACGAUUUAAUGGGUGUUCUGUAUCACGUGUACAAGACCAUGGAGGACUACUUUGAUGAAAUGUUUGGACCACCGGAAAAGGACGAAUGGGACCCCACAGGGCUCUUUACGUUCAAACAAUAAAUUUCCUUAUUGUCCUUCCACAUCAUUUUCGCCAUUGCAGACUGUUAAUUGUGAUUUUAGAUUAAUUUUCGCGUAUAUUAACGAUAAGACAACUCAAGUAAAAGACCAUUCGUCGACUUUUCAUUUCUUAAGUAAAAAAAAAUCCACAAAAAAGAGAAUAAAGUGUGAAAGAAAAAUCUUCAAGCGUCUCUUCACUUUGAUUUGAAUGGAAAAAAAUUUCUUUAAAAGACAAGUAAAAGGCUCCACUGUUCCUUAAAACAAAUAAACUCUCUGCAAGGAUAUUUUGUCGUGUUAAUCAUGAGUUUGUAGAAAAGAUAAAUGAAUACACCAGGAUAUUUUCUUGAAAAUAAAAUUAUAUCAAUAUUCAGAUUAUAAAGAAAAAAAGAUUUAUUUAACAAUUUUGAGAAUAUUUCAGAUAUUUUUAAAAUGGGGUGAAUAGAAACAUUUUUAAUUUUUGAUAUUUUCCAAAUAUUUUCAGGAAUGGAAGCUUUAAAAUAAUUUUUAAAAACAAUUUUUUAAUAAAUUUUAAAUCAAAGAAAAAGGAUAUCCAUUUCACAAUUUGAUUAGAUUAAUAAUUUAUGGUUAUGCACGGAAUGUCCCCAUAUCUCUCAAUCUUCUUUACAAAAACAACACCUUUUAAUAGAAAAAAACUUCUUCCCAAAAUGAACCAUAAAAUUGUAAUGAAAUGAGACAGAAUUGAGAAAUCCCUUUAAAGAUAUUUAGUGUUUGUAUAAAAGAGAAGAAUUUUAAGAGAUAUAAAAACAUGAGAAUUGUGUGCCUAAUUUACGAAAAAAAAUGAAUAAAUGAUAAAUUUGUAACAAGACAGUGAAAUGAUAGAAAAAAAAACUUAUCCUUAUGAUUGAAAAGAAUAUUCAACAACAAGCUUUCAAAAAAUUCUAUUUUAAUUCAAGUGAAUGAUCGUUAAACCGCCAUAUCACUUUUAUGGAGUUAGACAGCAUCGACAAGUGAUUGAAUUUGAGAUUAUAAAAAAGGUGUAUUAGAAAGUAUAUAAGGACGCGGUAGGGAGAAAGGAAAACUCCACAAAUUGAGCAUACUUUCCGAAAUAAAAGGAGCUGGCCGUAAAUCUGUUUAUAUGUUAAAUGUUAUUCAAAGAAAAUGGAAAAAAUCGUCAAUAAAAUGUAUAUAAAAAAAAUCCUCUAAUCCGGCUAGAUGAGAGAUUUCGGUGUUGAAGAGUUUUUUUGAGGACAGCAAGUAUAAAAAAAAUAGAAGCUAAACUAAAACAAGUAUUUAUCGUCUGUUUUAUCAAAAUGUAAGAAAAAAUAUGAAAAAAGUUGUCGAAUUCUCAUAUUUCUGUCAUCAUUGAAUUUCUUUAGGUGAAAAGUGAUUGUAGAGAGAAAAAUUUGAGAAAUUAAAAGAAAAGAUUUGGGAGUGUGACCAUGCAGAAAACGAAACCACGAAAUCCUUGUUGUGACACCAAAGAUGUUAUUGAAGAAAUAAAUCGAUAUUUAAAAA